GGGAGCCACACGCCUGAGGCCUGCUCAGUGCGUUUGCCAGGCGGCGUUGGUCCGCUGUUGUUACUUCUGCUACCACUACGACAAUGCCUCCAACCGAUAAUGCACCUAUCAAUGUCAAGCUGCUGUUGAUUGGGAACUCGUCCGUCGGGAAGAGCAGUCUCCUAUUGCGUUUCUCGGACGAGCAGUGGUUACAAGAGGACGAGUCGAGCCCGACCAUUGGCGUGGACUUCCGGGUGCACAAGAUGAAGGUGAACGGCAGGUCGGUGAAGCUAAGCAUAUGGGAUACUGCUGGGCAAGAACGCUUCCGCACGAUAACGUCUUCGUACUACCGCGGAGCACAAGGGAUCAUUUUAGUCUACGACGUCGCCAACCGCGAAUCGUUCGAUGCUCUACCGAGGUGGUACUCUGAGCUCGAGAAAUAUGUCUCGAGCUCGGUAGUGAAGAUCCUGGUUGGGAACAAAGUCGACAAGGAAUUCUCCCGCCAAGUCUCCACAACAGAAGGCCAGCAGUUCGCGCAACGCAUGAACUCCCUGUUCAUCGAGGCCUCUGCGAAGACCUCCGUCGGCGUGAAGGAGGCGUUCCAGGAGGUGGUCACGAAGAUCAUCGACACGCCCGAGCUCUGGGCGCCCGUCGCGGACAAGGGGGCUAAGGCCAAGCGGAACGAGACUGCGGCGGGCGGGGGCAGUAUGCCCGGUAAUAUCGACUUGAAUGCAGAGGGCAGCACGCAGGCGGACGGAGGGUGCGCGUGUUAGGGUGAGGGAUCCGCAGGACGUUGCUCCCGGCGCUUGCUGUUGAGUUCAUGAUAUGACUUUUCUUGAUGAUGUUCACGAUGCACUACGUAAUCUAAUACCUGUAUACUGUAUAGAGUUCGCUGUGGGUUAUCCGGAGGAUCGACAAUGUAUUCUUUUUGCGUUUAACAAUGCCUUCUGCAUCCUACGUCCAUCUAUUCGAUCUGGCUCGC